ACAAUGUAUUUGAUCCCUACCGACCUCACCUUUUGUCUCUGGUCCUCCUCAUCAGCAAUUCGAGGCUCUUGUGUUCCUGAUGGCUUUCAAGAAUCUAGUGUAUAUGUUACUACUGACAUUAGUGCUGCCUGCAGUUUCCAUCUGCAGUAAGCUCGAGAGACGAUAAACGCCGGUGGAAAACAAGCUCCCAUGGUUCAUCACAAGAUGCACGAUAAUCAGUGGACGCAGCUACCGACACCUCCAGAUCUCGAUUCCAAGCGAAGAGAGCUGCAUCGCCCGUCGACGGUCGCAACACUUCACAUGGGAGCUCCAGCAGCUAUGAGCGCAAGGCUAUGGUCUCCGUUUGACUCUACUUUCGCUCAGAAAUGCUUGAGCGCUGCUCGUAUAGGCUAUGCUGCUGCCGAAGCCAACCCUGCGAUAUAUGCUCCGAGCACCGACUGGGAUCUUGGCGGUGGCGCCUAUAGCGACGACGAUGUCAGAGACGAGUUUUACUGGGCGUCUGCAGAAAUGUACAUCACAACUUCGGAAGCACAGUUUGAAGAGGACGUCAUGUCCAACUAUUACUACACGGCCAGGGCGGCCGACCAGUGAGAGCCAUGUAGAGCAAGCUACCGAAUCAAUCCAACCUGGAUCAGUUCUAGACAGCCCGUUAAAGAUAUAAUGCAGCUUGAGGAUGUUUUUCUCCAAGCUGUACGUACGACUUCCAGAAAAUGGUGAUGCCUACUUCAAGACAGGGUGACAUGCUCCAACGAGAUUCGAGGCCCGAGCUUACAUUGCUAAACAGCGUCAGAAGAAUGGCAGUAACCAUUUC